GGACAUUUUCCAUAUAUGAUCUGAUGUUAGGUAAGGUUUCGUCACUCCAACGAGGAUGCGACCAGACGGCUACUUCGUGUUGAUCUUCUUUGCCGUGAUACUUACGGUAUCGUGUGGCAAAAAAGGAAAAAAUAAAGGAGCAACAUACGCGCCAUGCAUGAAACUAUGUCAACAAUUUUCUUUGGUCAACUGUGCAAAUAACUGUAGAAUCAAGAAGGGAUAUGUUGUUGAUGAAGUCUGCUGGAAAGUAUGUUUAGAUGAUAGUCCACUGGGGUUGAAGAAGUUUGAACUUUUCCCUUGCUUUAAAAGGUGUCAAAUAAAACCGGCUGUGUGUCCCCCUCUGGAUGAUCCUGAAUAUGGCGAUCCGCCUACUAAAUGCUGUAUAAAUGCUAUAUGGCAUGUGCCUAGGGAGGGCAGAACGUUUCUGUGCCAGCAUGUCAAUGGCAAAGUUGAACUCCUUAAAGAAUGUAAAAAGAGAGAAGAAUUUUCACUUCAAGCUUGCAGAUGUUAGGCUGUGAAUGGUCAGAAUGGAGUUCCUGGUCGGGUGGACCUUGCUCGAAGUUAUGUGGGACUGGAAGUAGGGCCGAGCAGCGGACACGAAAGGAAGAAUACAAUAACACGUACCCCAAUGAAAAAUGCCUAGGUGUCUCUGUUGAGGAUAGAAGAACGGCUUGUAUCAUACAACAAUGUUGUCAGUGGUCCCAGUGGAGUCUGUGGUUGACUAGAAAUGGUGGUUCAGGGAGUCAGUGCUUAGGAAACUGUGGAGUUGGUUCCAUAGAUAAGUAUCGGACAAGAACAAAAAUAUUUGGUUCUGGGGGAAAUUCAGCAACAUGUCCAGGAGAUUCAGAACAACAACAAACAGAGACCUGUGAUGCUGGGCCAUGCUGUGAGUGGUCCCAAUGGAGUAGAUGGAGGCCAAGAAAUGGUGGAUUUGGGGAACAAUGCUCUGCAAACUGUGGUGUUGGUUCCAUAGAUAAGUACAGGACAAGAACAAUGAUAUAUGGCGCUGUGGGAAAUUCAGCAUCGUGCCCAGGAAAAUCGGAACAAAAACGACCGGAGACCUGUAAUACUGGUCUAUGUUGUGAGUGGUCCCAAUGGACUUCUUGGACAACAAGAAGUGGUGACAAAUGUUCCCAUACUUGUGGCGGUGGUAAAAUUACUAAUUACAGAACAAGAAUUAAAACAUUCAGCAACAUCGGGAGUUCAAGCGUGUGUCCGGGAAAUUCGGAACAAAGCAGAACAGAAAAUUGCAAUACUCAAUGCUGCCUAAAGUGUAAAUGGACUGAAUGGAGCGAAUGGGUCUAUAGCUCAUGUAUGGAGUCUGAUGAUCAAACAGAUAGAGGUAACGUUACCGAGCCCUGUGCUGAGUAUGGUAUUAGGACGUGCAAUCGAACAAGGACUUGUACUGACUGCUCUUGCGUCAACAAACGAGAGAUAAUUGACCGUACUGAAUGUAUCGGUGCAUCUAUUCAACAUAAAUCUGAACAAUGCUGCAGAGUAGCAGGUUGUAGACGUAUACAAGUAUCUGGUAUUGAGGUGUCCUCAAUGAAUGGCAUAUAUCAGAACAAUAACAAGACCGUUGCCAAUAUGCCUAGUUAUACGAAACAGGGUGUCUCAGACUACAACUUAUACUUUGUAAUGUCUACUGCAAGAACGGGCAGAUGGGUGAUUGAUUCGGAUUUUUAUUCUGCUCGUUCAAAUAUCAUCGCCAUUAAAAAUGGAGCUCAAAGCAGUCCUUCUUCUGCAUCAAGCGGAGAAUUAAUGGGAGAUACGAAAUGGAUUGAGCAGAAAAAUGCAAAAAUGAUUUGUGUUGAUGGCCUAGGCUGUAUGUGGUCAAAAUGGAGUUCCUGGUCGGGUGGACCUUGCUCUAAGUUAUGUGGGACUGGAAGUAGAGCCGAAAAGCGGACACGAGAAGAACAGUUCAGUGAAAUGUUCCGAAAUAAAGAAUGUCCAGGUGUCUCUGUUGAGGAUAGAAGAACGGAUUGUAAUACGCAACAAUGUUGUGAUUGGUCCCAGUGGACUUCUUGGACAACAAGAAGUGAUGACGGAUGUUCCCAUACUUGUGGCGGUGGCAACAUUACUAACUACAGGACAAGAACUAAAACAUUCAGCAACAUUGGGAGUUCAAGCGUGUGUCCAGGAAAUUCGGAACAAAGCAGAAUUGAAAUUUGCAAUACUCAAUGCUGCCUAAAGUGUAAAUGGACUGAAUGGAGCGAAUGGGUCUAUAGCUCAUGUAUGGAGUCUGAUGAUCAAACAAAUAGAGGUGACGUUACCGAACCCUGUGCUGAGUAUGGAAAAAGGACGUGCAAUCGAACAAGGACUUGCACUGACUGCUCUUGCGUCGUCGGCAAACGAGAGAUUAUUGAUCGUACUGAAUGUGACGGUGUAUCUAUUCAACAUAAAUCUGAACAAUGCUGCAGAGUAGCAGG